CCCGCCAGGCCAGCCCUAGUCCUGUUCUCGCGCGUGCGGCGGGCGGACAUGCUUGCCCCCGGCACCGGAGCGCUGCCCGUCCUGUACCAAGCUCCAAAGCGCCCCUCCACCCCGCGCAUCUCGGUUCGGCCCUCGCCUCGGCCUUGACAUCAGACGCCGUAGUGCGUGCGUGUGCGUGCGUGUACGCGUGCCCGCCAGUGUCGGUGCGCCGCGCGUCUCGGAAGGAGUAGGGACGUAAAUAAUCCAGCUACCCCAAUCGACAACCCCAGUCACCCAGCCUCGGAGCACCCUGGGCCAGCCCGGCAGCAUGUUCGAUGAGCCAGCCUGACUUGAGAUAUCUGCGCCCAUGUGCGCGUCGGGGUAGCGCGGGCCCGGGCUGGGGCCCACCGUGCCCAUGGACCUGGACGAGCCGGAGCCCCCCGAGCCCGAGGAGGGCUGCGCCGGGGGGCGCGGGCUGGAGCCGAGGCUGGAGCCGAGGCUGAAGCUGCAGGGAUGGCGGCGGCCGCGGGCGCUGGCGGGCUGCCUGGCCGGGCUGCCGCUGCUGCUGUUCCUGCUGCUGCUGCCCGGCGGCCUGGCGCGGCCCGAGGCCCUGCAGCCCCAGGUCAUGCACCCCCAGCUGGUGGUGCCUGGCCAGCAGGCGGCGGGCGUCUCCGUCGACGCCGGCGACGUGUACGCGCCGCCCGCGGCCGGCGGUGAGGGCGACGCCGCCGGCGGCUCGUCGACGACCGACGGCACCCCGACGGCGGAGCCACCCCGGGUCAUCCGGCGCUACACGGUCGCGUCCGUCGAGUUCGAGCGCGUCGAGACGCCCUUCCUCAUCGGCCUGUGGAUCUUCUGUGCCAGCCUCGCCAAGAUCGGCUUCCACAUGGCGCCCUCGCUGAGCAAGAUGUUCCCCGAGUCGUGCCUGCUGAUCGCGGUGGGGGUGGCCAUCGGCUUCCUGCUCUUCCUCACGGACAAGCUUCACGUGUCGCCGCUCACGCCCGACACCUUCUUCCUCUACAUGCUGCCGCCCAUCAUCCUGGACGCCGGCUACUUCAUGCCCAACCGGCUCUUCUUCGACCACCUGGGCACCAUCCUCUGGUACGCCGUCGUGGGCACCAUCUUCAACACCCUGACCAUCGGUCCUGUACCACAUGUUCGAGUCGUACACGGAGAUGGGCCCGAGCAACAUCCUGGCCACGGACCUGCUGGCGGGCUUCGCGUCCUUCUUCGUGGUGGCGUUGGGCGGCACCGUGAUCGGCAUCGUGUGGGGCUUCGCCACGGGGCUGGUGACCCGCUUCACGCACCAGGUCCGCGUCAUCGAGCCCAUCUUCAUCUUCGUCAUGGCGUACCUGUGCUACCUCAACGCGGAGAUAUUCCAUCUGAGCGGCAUCAUGGCCAUCACGUUCUGUGGCAUCACCAUGAAGAACUAUGUGGAGGCCAACAUCUCGCACAAAUCGCACACGACGGUGAAGUACGCGAUGAAGAUGCUGUCCUCAUCCUCGGAGACUGUCAUCUUUAUGUUCCUGGGCGUGGCGACGGUGAACAAGAACCACGACUGGAACACGUGGUUCGUCAUCCUCACCAUCUUUUUCUGUUCCGUAUUCCGAGCUAUCGGAGUAAUCGUGCUAACCGCCCUAGUCAACCCCUUCCGUCUCUACAAGCUGGACCGCGUCGAGAAGUUCGUCAUGUCGUACGGCGGUCUACGUGGUGCUGUUGCCUUCGCUCUAGUUCUCCUUAUCAAUCCGAAGCACGUCAAGUUGCAGCCCAUGUUUGUAACGACAACUAUUGCUGUCAUAUAUUUCACUGUAUUCUUCCAGGGCAUUACAAUCAAACCCUUGGUGAAAAUCCUGAAUGUAAAGAGGGCGGAAAAGAGGAAGCCUACGAUGAAUGAAAGGAUACACGAGCGGUUUAUGGACCACACCAUGGCGGGCAUCGAGGAUAUAUUGGGCCACCACGGCAACCACCACGUUCGGGACAGGUUCAAGCGGUUUGACAACAAGUUCAUCAGGCCUUACCUACUUCGGGACCAUAAGGGAGCUGAACCCAAGAUUUUAGAAACCUUCUCCAAGCUUACGAUGAAAGAUGCCAUGGAGCUGAUGAAAAGAAAUGCCUCAAACGUGGGCAACAUCUCAGGGACUGAAAGCAUGUCUGCGAUAUUUAGGAAUUAUACUUCGAAUAACUUGAACCUCAACGGCAGCGCGUCCUUCAACCAGCUCGACCAGUCCACGUGGAACAUCGACAUGCAGGAGCUCGAAUACAACCCUUCGAAGAAGGACCUCACUGACGCCAAGAUCCAUCACCUGCUAGCCGAGGAGCUGUGCAAGCCGUACAGAAGGCGGGGCUUUAAGGACGAGCUGCACUCAGGAAGAGAGCACCGGAGGCUGAGCUACAGUCGGCACGCCGUCAACGACCGGGACCUGGCCACCCAGGAGGUCAACUACCGCAUGCACAUGAACCACAUCCGCCGCCUGGUCGGCGACGAGCGCAAGCACCACCACAAGCGCUCCAAGCGCCUGGGCAAGGUGAGCAGCAAGCGCUAUGUGUUCAAGGACGGAAAGCAAAAUCACGUCAGUUUUCCAGGAAUCCAGCAAAACGGGUCUGCCAAGCAAUUCUCUCACGAUUACAUCGAUGAGGUGAUCCUGGAGGCUGAGGACGGCGAGGGCAUCCCCACCACCAAGGAGGAGUGGGAGGGAGGCAUCACGUUCACCGUCCACCCCUCCCCAACCGUUUCAGGGAGUGGAGUCCCAUUAUGGGCUUCGGGCUCUGCGGCCGGAUCUGGUUCUGGCUCGCCCUCGCCCGAGUGCGCGUUGCUUACCCAGGUAGCCUCCUUGCCAGGGUUGGACCCUCGCAGGGCCCGCCUCGUCAGGCAGUACUCGAAACCCGUAGACUAUGACGACGCGCCCACCGUGGCCGAGGUGUCAUUGCCUUGGAGGAGGGAGCGGGAGGAGGAUCCUCUUUCAUCUGGAAAUGAACCUAUCAAAAAGAUUUCUCAGUGCUCCCAGUUAUCGAGAGAUGACGUGAGCGACGCGGGCCGGGUGUCCACGCCCACCGCGACGGAGAGCGUACUGCCUUGGAAGCGUGACGACGACUCUGGUGAGCUGAGUGGCCCAGUCAAGCAGCGAGAGUUCCCACCCUGGUGCACCAACAAGGAGUACCUAGCCUACAAUUCACCGUCUGCAACCUUCCUAGGCGGCAUUGAGCAGCCCAAGACGGCGUCUGUCAUAGGACUGUUCCGACGCGAUGGCUCGGCCGGCUCGAGGACGUCGUCCGAGACGUCGCUGCAACGCCAAGGGUCGGAGUCCCCGCCGUCCGGCCCCAUGUCCAUCCUCCUCAUCGAGGAGGGCGUCUCCGGCGAUCCCCUCGGAGUGGCGACGUCGGUUGGCCGGCGACCCCUGGCCGGCAGGAGAGGCAGCCUUCUGGAGCUCAGCACCCCCGUCGUGGAUCCCAUCCCGGAGGAAGACGCUCAUUCGGGUUCGACGCAGGCCACGACGCCAUCCACCCCCGGUCCGACGCCGUCGCCUGCAACGACGGUGGCGGCUGGUUCACCGAAUGAGACCACACCCGCAUUGGGUCGGCGGCGACCUGGGUCGAGCAUGAGUCAGGGUGGUGGUGGCGGCGGCAGCAGCAGUAGUCUCAGUCGCCUCAGGCAGCAGACGCUGUCUUCCGGGUCGUCGGCGUCCUCGUUUGGCGAGGAGCUUCCCGUGCACGUCCAGUUAGCCGAGAUGGAAGAGGAUCUGGACACCGAGGACGACAUGGACGAGCGGACGCGGCUCAGCACGGACAGAACUUAAUCUCAGCAAGUUUCGUCCUUUAUUUUUUAAAGAAACUAGACUUUUCGUAAUUUUUCAAAGCCGUUUAAUUUAUUGGUGUGGGUGGACCCUUCACUCUGUGACGCUCAAAUCAGUCGGCUCCUGCCACAUACUAAAGCCGUGCCUUGUCUAGGCCCGUAGGGUUCUUUAUCCUCAACGACACCGCAAGGACGGAGCGUCGGUCUGACUCGGGUCAUUCCAAGCAAACUUGAAAUGAAUAAGACAUAUGUACGCCUUGCUUCGAAUGCUUUCUUGCCUACUCUGUCAAAUAGCAAAAAAUUGAGAUCUCUAUGAAAUGUCUCCGAUUUAUACACAUAUGUAGUAGACUUGCGACUCUGUAUGUCUGUAUGGUUUCACGCCGAACAGAUUUUGCGCUUCUAGUACAUUUUUUCAAGUAUACUGAACUGGAAGCGCUCGCCCUUCGACGCUAGGACAUUUCUCUAUUGUAAGAGGUUCAGAGUAACGGUAAAAGACUUGUGGAGCUGUGGGCGUUGCCAUAUGCCAGCCGUUAACUGCAGGUAUAGCGCAGCGUCGGAUUGCUGUGAUGAGUGUAUUUGCACGGUGGAGAAGCGAAUAGUUAGACAAUUUGUAAUAUACUGGCGCCGUAUAUGAUGAUUUUAAACAAGUUUCAUGUGUGAUUUUUGUGAGUAUCCUUUUGCGUACGCGAUGUGCUGAGGAUGAGCAGUGAAACAGGGUUUUACAGAAGCGCGUCAGCUAGCAUGCAGAGACUGAUAUGUGUGAAUGUGUGCGUGGUGGGCGGCCCGGCGGCGGCACGAGUCCAGCCCCCCGCGUAGCUUCGUUAAUAAGAAUUAUUGUACAUACUUUUCUAGUAAAACGGAUGUGCCUAUAUCGGGCGGCGUCCGUCGCCGCCUCUUUAGACGAUUAUA